AUGGCCUUGUCGUCGGCAGAACUGUCUCUUAGCUUUGCAACCUUGACCCCAGAGUCCAAAGCAGCCCAAACCCACUUGGCGUCGCUUGUGGCUAAACACCGUUCAGACGCCGUCGGUUCACCAAUGGACCUAGUCGUCGCCACUAGGCAUUUGACCAACCUCCCCUCGUCAGACACCAGCGAUCCCGCCUCAAGGUCGAAACAUACAAUCAUCUUUACAUUAGGCAGAGAAAGGCACGGCCGUGUCUCAGGAUGGGCUGUUGGAAAACUGGAUUCUGACAAGCACGCACAACAUGUCAACGUGCCAAUCUGCUCUCCUAGAUCGCGCUGCUUCAAAGGGCGGAGGCUUUUCGACAUCUUCAUCCAUCCCAAGUCCGGGGUUCUGAUGAUUCGCAAUGCAAAUGAUAGCCACUCCUUAUGGUAUCUGAACGCCGACAACCAAGGCAACCACAGUACAAGUGCAUACUCAGCCAGCCGCAAAGUGUAUAUGCAGAGACAGCUUGGCAAUUGGGAUCAUGAUCACAUACGACUGAGGCAUGUUAUCCUACACAAUGUCAUUGCAAAGGGCGAUACUUGUGUCGUUCGAGCCGGCGUGGACAGGAAGACCGGGGAUCCUAUUGCUUGUAAGACCAUGCAAUGCUCGCGGGGCAAUAUCGAAGAUGCGGUCAACGAGAUCAGCAUUGCUUCAAUCAUUGCCGCUCGUGCAUCCGGUGGCCUUGUACCUUUGCUAUCCAAGUCAUGCGGACAUGGCUUUCCGCUGCCUUGUUCCCAUGCCGAGUUUGAGGAUAUGCACCUGGUCAUGCCCUACGCGCCCUUUACCUUCGAUACCGCACCGUGGCAGGAGAUCCGCCCACCUGUGAAGCUUGCACUCUUUCGUCACGCUCUCGAGGGACUCAAGAAUCUUCAUGCCGCGGGAAUCAUGCAUAGAGAUAUCAACCCUAGCAAUUUGCUGGUCUUCUCACUGCAGCCUGCCACCGCCGCCAUUGGCGAUUUUGGCAUGGCCAAGGUGGGCUCUCAGGGUGCUGAGAAGUCUCUUGGGCUUCUGGCCUACCAGGCGCCUGAGGUUGCCACUCAGGAGACCUACACCAAUGCCAUUGAUAUCUUCAGUCUGGCUUUAUCUUUUCUGGCUACAUUUGAGGGUUGCAUGUGGUCUGGUCCGCUAUCUGACCAGGAACACUACUCUGCUAUGUUGAACCACCUCUCACACUUGGAGACUCGAAUGCCUGAUGGCUUGGCGACUCUUCUACGCACCAUGUUGUCAUGGGAUUCUUCCCAUCGACCCAGCGCCGAGGAUGUUUUGACGGAUGCUGUUUGGGAGCAGAUCGCAGAGCCGGACUCUGUUCGUCCGUCUGAUUGCCAGCUUCGGCCUCUGAUGCCAGAGCCUUCACCCCCAUUCUCAAGUUCGAACAGCAACACCAGCAACACACCGGGCGUUGAUGAUUUGAAUCAGCGGAUGAAGCGCUCAGGUGCACCGCCGCCUUCAGACUUUGGAAACGACGGCGGCGGCUCAACAACUGAGGUGCAUGGUCGAGAUGAUAUGAGUGAGCGGAUGAAUCGUUCAGAGGCGCCAUCCCCAUCAUCAGCUGCAAACGACGAUAAUUGA